AUGGCCACCUCGUACCGGCCGCGACUACGUACCCCAUACCGCAUCUCUUUUGUACCCUAUUCAACGUCACUCCCGACAUGCUCCGUCGUUCUGCUGCUAUGUCUGCUCGUUCCCGCCGUCUCGUCGCUUGCCCCGAAGCCCAAGCGAGACCUCUGCGACCUGUCAAACGGGGCGUGGAUACGCUCCCCUAAGCGUUUCCCACGCUACACCACUCUCGCCGGCCGCCCGAAAUCGUGUCCGUUCGCGCGGUCGUCGUACGCGUGCGAGCGCAACAACCGGCCCGACCUGCGGUACCGCGAGUACCGGUGGCAGCCGUUCGACUGCCCCAUCAGCUACUUCUCCUCGUCCGGCUUCCGAUUUCUCAUGCGCGAUCGGCGGAUGCUACUGGUGGGCGACUCGAUGAUGUCGAACCUCUUCGAGGCGCUGCUCUGCUCCAUCAGCAGCGCGGGGUACGAGGGACAGCCUUUUAGGCGCAAAACGAAAGGCGACUGGAGCAUCAAGGGAGUCCACUUUCCGGCUUUCUCCUUCUCCCUCGAGUACUACUUCACGCCCUACAUCGUGCGCACCAGUCGCCGCUCCAUCCACAACAAAGCCACGGGCAAAGAUGCCGGCAAGGGCGGGCACGGGUUUGACGUUUACGUGGAUGAGAUGGACCCUGUGCUGGAGCACGUGGUGGGAAACUACUCUGCUGUCGUCUUCCACUCGGGGGUGUGGUGGCUGCAGAACGUCCCUCGCCGCACAGUUCCGAAUAACUUUUUCGUGAACGGGGCACGGCGAAACCUGAGUAACAUCGCCGCUCACACAUGGGCCCUGUCCACGGUUCUCUCCUUCGUCAAGAAAAUAGACUACUCGGGAGUCCCCUUCUUCCUCUCCUUCUCCCCAAAGCAUGCAGGAGCUGGUCAAACACAACCUGGGGUUGAGCAAAGUGAUGGAGCCGCAUGGGUGGGUUCUUGUGGUGCUCGCAUGCCUGCCUCAAGCACCUUUGUGCACUCAAGCAUGGCAGGAGGCAGAGGCAAGGCUGCGCAGGCGAAGCGAGGUUCAACGGGGGAUGCUUGCCAACCAGAGCUAGCGAGUGAUGGUGGCCGUGACCUCUUGGUGCUGGAAGUGGUGGGAGGCCCUUGCUGCCCGUCCACCAUUUCUGUAACUGCUAGCAGUUCUAGAGUGGGACGAGUGAAGACCUGCCAGAUUCCGCUGAAGGAAGAUGCCGUUUCUGAGAAACACGCCUGUGUGUCGUGGGACGCAGCUGAUAGGAGUUGGCGCGUCGUCGAUCUAGGAAGCUCGAACGGAACGUCACUCAACGGCGUUCAUCUGCCAGAAGGUCGCGAGCGUCCUCUGUCUGAUGGAGAUGAGAUUCGGUUCGGCCCGUUUACGAUCGUCCGCGUGCACAUACGCCCUUCUCCGCAUCACGGAUCCACCGUGCGUGACAUGCUGCAACAACAGAUGGAGUGGCGGCUUUGCCGUCUAGAGGAACAAGCAGCCACGAUGGAGGAGCAGAUGCGGCAAGAUAUGGCAAUGCUGAAAACCAGUUUGGCAGCCGUCCUCCCCAGCGACGGCGCGUGCAUGAAUGAGGAGGAAGCGGAGCGGAACCUGGACUUCCCUGAGUUGCACGUAGAUGCCGCCAGUACUCUCCUCCUCUUCCAGUCACUCCGGGAACUCUUCGCGGGGACGGGUGUCGAGUGGUUCGCGAUGCGCGACCUAAUUCGGCCGGAUCCCGAGCGCACCCAGAAGCUGCUCUCCGCGCUCGCCAACUACAAGCGCUUCGGGGACCAGUUCUUUUCCGUGGAGGCGCAAUGCCUGGAGGAAUACGCGCAGGUCGUUGAGACGCACGCCAAGCUCGAAGACGAAGAACUAUCGCUGUCCAGCGAGUUGCAAUCUCUGGAGGAGCGGCAGCGCGACGAGGACGCGGAGGUGGCGGAGGUGGCGGAGGAGGUGGCGGUGAUGGAGAAGGAGCUGCAGCGGGUGCAGGGGGAAGAGGCGGCGGAGCAAGAGCAGCUGGCGUGGCGGAGGGAGGCCAUGGCGAAACUCAUGGAUGAGAUAGCGGCGGAGAAGCAGCAGGCGGCGAAGGUCAAGGAGGAGGAGAUGAGUUUGCGUGCACAGAUAGUGGAGUCGCCGGAUAAAGUCAGAUUAGCAGUGACACGAGCAGAGGAAGCGAUGGAGAGUGAGAAGGAGGCAAGGGAUGCGGUGCUGGUGCAGAUGCGGGAGAACCGCAAGAAGCUGGUUGUUGUCAGAAAGGCCCUGGCGGAGCUUCAGAGCCGGUUGCAGCAGGUCAAGCAAGCAGAUCAAGAGGCAGCAGCAGCGCGAGAGCUGAAGCGGCAGGUGGCUGCACGGCAGGCGCAAGGAGCAGCAGCGCGGCAGCUGCAGGCAGCAGCGGAGGAGAGGGUCAGCAAGGAGAAGGCCAAAGAGGCGGAGUGGAAGGCGAAGGUGGCAGCGCGCAGGGCAGGCAUAGAGCAGCAGAUGGUGGAGGUGCGGAGGAAGCAGGAGGACGUGCGUGUGCUGGAGCAGGGGCUGGCAGAGGAGGAGGAGCUCUUCCUCGCUGCCAAGGCAGAGGUGCACGGCCAGCUGGAGCAAGUGCGGGGAGAGGAUGAGCGGUGUCAGGAGCUGCACAGGCAGAGGCUGGCACAUGUGGCCGAGCUCUUCAAUGCUCUCAACUCACAGGUUGAUUCCUUCCAUCGCCGGGUAGCCGCAUACAUGGAUCCUGAUCUUGACACUGUUGCUGCACUGCCCGCUGCUGAAGCACGUGACACGAUUCAACAGCAUCAUCCAACAUCGUCCACAGCCCACGUGCCUGAGUCCCAGGGUGCAGCUCCUCCCAGCACCCCUGCACAGUCAACCUUGUCAGCGACAGGUGCAGGUGGGGUGAGUGUGGCAGGUUCAGCAGGUGCGACACAUGCCACACCGUGCUCUCGCUCUCACUCUUCACCGGCCGUGAGUGCACGUGGAGUGGAGGCGCAACCGCCCCCGCCCUGUAUGCCAUGCCGGCACUCGUACCAUGCGCACGCGGUAUCGUGGGAGUGGGCGGACAGGAACGGCGGAAAGGUCGCGGAAACCUCCGCGGAGCGUCAGAAGGAGGAUGAGGCAUGCGCUUGCUUCUUCCCAACACCCGCCUCCGCGCAAUCCCCUCCCCUCAUCGCCUCCUGCGUCCUCCUCUCCGCGCAUCCCCUCCCGCCCUCCAUGCUGACGUCACCGCUGCCCGCCGCCAUCCCUCUCCCCCACACGCGGAGCCUGUGCCUCUCCCCGCGCCUGCUCCCCGCUGGCGCUGUCGCCCUGGCCCACCCUGAGCCCCCCACCCCAUUGCACCACACAGCACCAGCUUCAACCGGUGAUAACAAGCGUGUUGAGGGAGGCGGGGACCUCGAGAAGUCGCCUCUGCAGCAGCAGGAGGAUGUGAAGGGCGAGGCAGCGAGUGCGGUGUGGCAGGGCAGGAGGGGCGUGAGGAAGGGGCAGAGCACGUGGUACGACGGGGACUACUGCGUGCUGCACGGCGUGCUGCUGCACCACCCGCACCAACCCCUGCUGGAACUCGUGCCCGCGCCCAAGGCAAGUGCUGCCAGGGGUGCAUGUACCAUCACGCGUCUCAUGGCAUCACCGCCUGCCCCAUCCUCCUCCACCCCACCGUCCCUCUGUCGCCGCAUCGUGGUCCCUCCGGAGCUCUGCUCGCUGCUCCUCUCACACGCUCACCAACCCACCACUGCCACCACCACAUGCAGCAGCCCUGCUCCCGCGCCGGCCCCUCCACCCGCCCCCGUGGCCAGUGGCAGCAGCAGCAGCAGAUCCCCAGUGAGUGCAGCGUGGGUGCGGGCAGCAGCGGUGCUGCCGCUCACGCUCUGCCACCUCGCGGACCUGCUGUGCGCCUGGGAGCUCGCCUGCUCCCUGCACCUGCCCUCGCUGCACCUGCCUCUGCUGCGCACGGCCAUCACAGCCCCAUCCGCAUGCAUCGGUGAUGUCCGAACCAUCAACCCCCCCUGGCCCCCUCCACCCACUCCCUCCCCACUGCCCAUACCCCAACACACCGGCUCACAAUCAGCCACCACCCCCACUUCCCUCCUCCUCGUCCCUGCUCCUCCCUCCAGCACUCUCUCCAUCCCUCCCUCCACCCCUGCUCCCACCGCUCUCUCCCCCUCAUGCAUGCCCAUCGCGCGGCCACUGCUGGAGCUGCUGGGAGACGCGUUUCUCAAGCUCGCGGCAGCGCUCUGUGUGCUGCUGCUGCACCCCACAGCUGGCAUCGACGCCGCAGGCAACAUGAUGCAGGGGACAGGGGGAGGGGGAAAGGGAGGGGGAGGGGAAGAGGGAGGGGGAGGCGCAAGAUGGUGCUGCGAGCAGUGGGGGAGAGACUGGGGAGAGAACGAGGGGAGGAAAGAGCAGAGAGAGGGGAGAGAAGGGGGAGAAGGGGGAGAAGGGGGAGAAGGGGGAGAAGGGGGAGAAGGGGGAGAAGGGGGAGAGGGUGGUACGGGCGAGGAGGGCAGAGGAGAGUGCGCUGACCUGGCAAGUGGCGUUCGUGGGGAGGGGCAAUCCCACACGCGGGCAGCGACAGGUGGCGUGCCGGCAUUGGCUGACAGCGUGGCAUCUGAGGCAGAACUCUUGCGGGCGCGCGUGCAUGGUUGCUGCUGUGAGCACGAGGGGCCGCUGCUGGUGCGCGUACGGGGACAGUGGAGUGGGGAGGGGUUAGGUGUGGUUAAAGAUAGCAGCAGUGAGGGCAAUGGGGAAAGUGAGAGCAGGGAGAGCAGGCAGGGGUGCAUGUGCACUGCCAAGGAGGGAAGAAGCUCGGAUGAUGUGGCGACGGUGGGUGUGGUGCAGCAAUGUGUGGAGGGCGAGAGGGACAGGGGCGGUGAGGAAGUGCUGUUGGGUGGGGGACAGGCGAUUGGGGGUGGUGGGGGAGGAGGAGGGGAGUGGUGGGCAGCGAGUGCGUCGGUGCGAGUGAGUGAGGGAGUGUGUGCAGACAGUGUGGAGUCUGUGGUGGGGGCAGUGCUGGCGGGUGGGGGGGGCGAGGCAGCAGCCUCACACGUGCUCUGUGGGAUGGGCGUUGUGCCUUGUCAUGGUGCAUGCGCCAUGCCCUGUGCAUGCUCCCAUGGGCUCAUGCCCGUGGGGUUGGGUAGAAGCGAGAAGCAACGCGAGGAGAAGCGAGAGGAAGUUGGAGAUGGGGGGGAGGUGGGAGGAGAGGGGGUGAGGGAGGGCGCACAGGGUGCAGGGAGCAGGGAGGAGGAGAGGGCGGUGUGUGGGUGUGUGUGCUCGCAUCCACACACACACCAGUCGUUUGUCCAAGUCCCGGAAAGGGUGGGCGAGGGCGAAUGGCGGGAAGAGGAGGGGGCGUGGUUGAGGGGCGCUGAGAGGGCGCUGGGGCAUGAGUUUGCAAAGAAGGAUCUGCUUCUCGUGGCCCUCACUCACCCCUCUCUUCUGCUGCAGCAGCAGCAGCAGCAGCCGCAGCAGCAGCAGCACAUGUGGCAGCAGGCUCGGUACACGUGGCAGCGGCGCAAGCGGUGGGAACGGCAAGGGCAGCAGCAGGAAGCGGAGGCAGAGAAGGCCGCUGAGGCAGGGAAGCAGGAGGGAGGGCGAGAGGAGGAGGUAAUGAAGGAUGAGAACGGUGGGCUCCACAAGGAGGGGUUGCACGUGGAGGCACUGUGCGAGGAGGGGUUGGGGCGUGAGGGAUUGGAGGGGGAGGGGUUGUGCGAGGCAGGGGGUGAGUGGACGUUUGAGCGCAUGUACUGUGUGGGCAACGCCGUGCUGGAGUACUGCCUCGUGCUCCACGCCCUCGUGGGAGCGGGCGCACAUGAGGGGACGGGGCAGCACGGCGGGAACAGGCUGCACCAUGUCAGUGCCUUGAAGCAGCACGUGGUAUCGCACGAGUCCCUGGGAGCGCUGGCCGUCACAUGGGGUCUGCACCGCCACAUGCGCACCGCCUCCCCCCUCCCCGCCCACCACAUCGCUGCCUUCUGCGCCUCCCUCACUGAACCCCCCCCCGUGGAAGGCACAGGCUUGGCAACCGGGGGACGGGGUGGCGGAGCUGGGGAAAGAGGCGGUGGGGGGAGCAGUGGGGAGGGGGGAGGAGGAGCGGAAGGGCGGGCUUGGGCGGAGGGAGCGAUGGGAGGGGAAAUAGAGGGGGGAGCAGAAGGAGUGGAGGGCGGGGAGGUGCAGUGGGUGGUGAGCGCCCCUCGAGCACUGUCUGAGACGGUGCAGGCGCUGGCAGGCGCUGUGUUUCUGGACACCCACUCACACGCUGCUGCUGUCUGGCAGGUAUGCAUGCAGCUGCAUAGGCGCAUGGGUGUGAACCGUGCCAUAGUGUUCGCCCCGCACCUGCUCCCCCUGUUCCCCCCGUGCCCCUGCCCGCCCCACCCAAUGACAGAGCUGCAGCACCUGUGCACGCGCAACAAGUGGUCCCUGCAG